UGAUCUAUUGCUGUGAAAAAUAAGAAGAUUUCCUUUACUAAUGCAUUUCUAGUUGUUUAUCAGUUAGAUCAAAAUUAUUUUUUUUUAUACAGCUCUUUGCAUUUGAUAUUAUACAAGAUAACUUUUUGUCUGCUUCUUUCCUUCAUUCCCCUCCCCCUUAUAUGUUAAUUCUUUCCUCUCCAUUUUUACUCCUCCCCCUUCCUCACCUUUCUGCCCUGGCUUCUAACACUGCCUUAUCUCCACUUCCUUCUUCUACAUCAACAACAUGUGCUAUACAAACUCAUCCCUUUCUCUGAAUCCCUUUACCUCUCCUUGACCUCUCUGUCUGCACUUGGCUCCCUUUCUCCCCGCGCACCUGCCCCGCGCCCCCUGCCGGUCAUCACAGAGGAGGCAGGUGGCUGCGUCCAGGAUGGUCAGCAGUAUAAUGAUAAGGAUGUGUGGAAGCCAGAGCCAUGCCGUAUCUGUGUGUGUGACAGCGGAUCGGUUCUGUGCGAUGAGAUAAUCUGCGAGGAGAUCAAAGAAUGUGCCAACCUUAUCAUCCCAUCUGGAGAGUGCUGUCCCAUCUGCGCUGCUGAUGCCAGUGACCCUAUUGAAACAUUCACUGCUAGGGGUCAGAAAGGAGAACCAGGAGACAUUGCAAAUGUUGUAGGACCUCAAGGACCACCAGGCCCUAUGGGGCCCCCAGGUGAGCAGGGAUCACGUGGAGAAGCUGGCGCUAAAGGUGAUAAGGGAAAUCCUGGACCUCGAGGAAGAGAUGGUGAGCCUGGCACCCCUGGAAACCCUGGACCCGCUGGCCCACCUGGACCACCUGGACCACCAGGGCUUGGAGGGAACUUUGCUGCUCAAAUGGCUGGAGGUUUUGAUGAGAAGGCAGGCGGAGCUCAGAUGGGUGUAAUGCAGGGACCAAUGGGUCCUAUGGGUCCUCGUGGUCCUCCUGGACCUACUGGAGCUCCUGGGCCACAGGGAUUCCAAGGUGCACCUGGUGAGGCUGGAGAGCCUGGUCCAGCUGGAACAAUGGGUCCUCGUGGACCACCUGGACCUUCUGGAAAACCAGGAAGUGAUGGUGAGGCUGGUAAACCUGGCAAAGCUGGUGAGCGUGGACCUGCAGGGCCUCAGGGAGCUCGCGGAUUCCCUGGAACUCCUGGACUUCCUGGAAUUAAAGGACACAGAGGUCAUCCUGGUCUAGAUGGAGCAAAGGGAGAGACUGGAGCUGCAGGAGCCAAGGGUGAGGGUGGUGCUGCUGGAGAAAAUGGUUCCCCUGGACCUAUGGGCCCGCGUGGUCUGCCUGGUGAGAGAGGACGUGCUGGAGCUGCAGGAGCUGCUGGCGCUCGUGGAAAUGAUGGCUUGCCCGGACCCGCUGGUCCACCUGGACCAGUUGGCCCUGCUGGAGCUCCAGGUUUCCCAGGAUCCCCAGGAUCUAAGGGAGAAGCUGGCCCUACUGGUGCACGAGGAGCUGAAGGAGCACAGGGACCCCGCGGAGAGGCUGGUACUCCAGGAUCUCCCGGACCUGCUGGAGCAUCGGGUAACCCUGGUACUGAUGGUAUUCCUGGAGCCAAAGGUUCUGCGGGCGGUCCUGGUAUUGCUGGUGCUCCUGGGUUCCCAGGCCCCCGUGGUCCACCUGGGCCACAGGGAGCCACAGGACCUCUGGGGCCAAAAGGACAGUCUGGAGAUCCUGGCCUUCCUGGGUUCAAAGGUGAAGCUGGACCAAAGGGAGAGCUUGGGCCAGCUGGUCCUCAAGGUGCCCCUGGCCCCGCCGGAGAAGAAGGAAAGAGAGGCGCCAGGGGAGAGCCUGGAGCUGCUGGACCACUUGGGCCUCCAGGAGAGAGAGGAGCCCCCGGUAAUCGCGGUUUCCCAGGUCAGGAUGGUCUGGCUGGUGCUAAGGGUGCUCCUGGUGACCGUGGGGUCCCUGGUGCUGCUGGGCCUAAAGGUGCUACUGGAGAUCCUGGGCGCACAGGAGAAUCUGGCCUCCCUGGAGCCAGAGGUCUCACUGGACGUCCUGGUGAUGCUGGUCCUCAAGGCAAAGUUGGACCUUCUGGGGCUGCUGGUGAGGAUGGUCGUCCCGGCCCACCUGGUCCACUGGGAGCGCGUGGACAGCCUGGAGUUAUGGGAUUCCCUGGACCAAAGGGAGCCAAUGGUGAGCCUGGAAAGACUGGAGAGAAGGGACUUGUGGGCCGUCCUGGUCUGAGAGGUCUGCCUGGAAAGGAUGGUGAGACUGGUGCUGCUGGACCUCCUGGCCCUGCUGGACCUGCCGGAGAGAGAGGAGAACAAGGACAGCCUGGACCCUCUGGCUUCCAGGGACUGCCUGGGCCAACUGGUUCCCCAGGAGAGGCUGGAAAACCUGGUGACCAGGGUGUUCCCGGAGAGGGUGGAGUUCCUGGUGCUGUUGGACCAAGAGGUGAACGUGGAUUCCCUGGAGAAAGGGGUGGUGCUGGACCUCAAGGUCUUCAGGGACCCCGUGGCCUUCCUGGAACACCUGGAACUGAUGGGCCUAAGGGAGCAAUUGGACCAGCUGGUGCUCCUGGAUCCCAGGGACCCCCAGGCCUGCAGGGCAUGCCCGGAGAGAGAGGAGCUGGUGGUAUCCCAGGACCCAAGGGAGACAGAGGUGAUAAUGGACAGAAGGGACCUGAGGGGGCUUCUGGAAAGGACGGAGCUAGAGGUUUGACUGGUCCUAUUGGCCCACCUGGUCCAUCUGGACCCAAUGGGGCCAAGGGUGAGACUGGACCUACUGGACCCUCCGGUGCUCCUGGUGUUCGUGGUGCUCCUGGUGACCGUGGUGAGAUUGGUCCUCCUGGGCCUGCUGGCUUUGCUGGACCUCCUGGUGCAGAUGGUCAGCCUGGUGCCAAGGGAGAGCUCGGUGAGACCGGACAAAAGGGAGAAGGUGGUGCUCCUGGACCUCAGGGACCAUCUGGAGCUCCUGGACCUGUGGGACCUACUGGUGUAUCUGGACCAAAAGGAGCACGUGGUGCUCAGGGAGCUCCUGGUGCUACAGGUUUCCCUGGUGCUGCAGGUAGAGUUGGGUCUCCUGGUCCUAAUGGAAACCCAGGCGCUUCAGGUCCUGCUGGUCCUGCCGGUAAAGACGGACCAAAGGGUGCUCGUGGUGAUGCCGGUCCACCAGGAAGGCAGGGAGACACUGGGCUGCGUGGACCUGCUGGUGCUCAAGGAGAGAAGGGAGAGCCUGGAGAGGAUGGACCCCCUGGUGCCGAUGGGCCUUCAGGUCCUCAGGGUCUGGGUGGAUCUCGUGGUAUUGUUGGUUUGCCGGGUCAGCGUGGUGAGAGAGGUUUCCCUGGUCUGCCUGGACCUUCUGGAGAGCCUGGUAAACAGGGAGCAUCAGGUGGUGCUGGUGACCGUGGACCCCCUGGACCUGUUGGGCCACCUGGACUUACUGGACCUGCUGGAGAGCCAGGCAGAGAGGGGACCCCUGGAUCAGACGGACCCCCAGGUAGGGAUGGAUCUACUGGAGUCAAGGGAGAGCGAGGCAACACUGGACCCGCAGGUGCCCCCGGAGCUCCUGGUGCCCCAGGUGCCCCUGGACCUGUUGGACCUCUUGGCAAGCAGGGAGACAGAGGAGAGGCUGGUGCUCAAGGACCUGGGGGACCCCCAGGACCAGGUGGUGCAAGAGGAAUGGCGGGACCCCAAGGACCACGUGGAGAUAAGGGAGAGGCUGGUGAGACAGGAGAGAGAGGACAGAAGGGUCACCGUGGCUUCACUGGUCUGCAGGGUCUUCCUGGAUCCCCAGGUCCUGCUGGAGACUCUGGAAGUGCAGGGCCCGCAGGGCCAAGCGGUGCUAAGGGACCACCUGGACCAGUCGGACCUGCUGGCAAAGAUGGAAAUAAUGGACAGCCGGGUCCCAUUGGACCCCCUGGACCUCGUGGACGCUCUGGAGAAUCUGGCCCUGCUGGUCCUCCUGGUAACCCUGGACCUCCUGGUCCUCCUGGCCCGCCAGGCCCGGGCAUUGACAUGUCAGCCUUUGCCGGCAUGGGUCAGAUUGAGAAGUCUCCCGAUCCUCUCAGAUACAUGAGGGCUGAUGAGGCCUCCAGCUCCCUGAGGCAGCACGACGUUGAGGUCGAUUCCACUCUCAAGUCUCUCAACAGCCAGAUUGAGAACCUGCGCAGCCCUGAUGGCUCCCAGAAGAACCCUGCUCGCUCCUGCAGAGACCUCAAACUGUGCCACCCUGAGUGGAAGAGCGGUGACUAUUGGGUUGACCCUAACAUUGGCAGCAUUGCUGACGCCAUCAAGGUUUACUGUAACAUGGAGACUGGAGAGACUUGUGUCUACCCGAGCAUCGCCAAAGUACCGAAGAAGAACUGGUGGACCAGCAGGAGCAAUGACCGCAAGCAUGUCUGGUUUGGAGAGACCAUGAAUGGAGGAUUCCACUUCAGCUAUGCUCAGGAUGGCCCUGCUGCCAAUGCCGCCAGCGUCCAGCUGACCUUCUUGAGGCUUCUGUCCACUGAAGCAUCCCAGAGCCUCACUUAUCACUGCAAAAACAGCAUUGCCUACAUGGACCAGGCCACAGGAAACCUGAAGAAAGCUUUGCUGCUGCAGGGCUCCAAUGAUGUGGAGAUCCGCGCUGAGGGCAACAGUCGCUUUACUUACAACGUGUUGGAGGAUGGCUGCAAGAGACACACAGGCCAGUGGGGCAAGACUGUCAUCGAGUACAAAACACAGAAAACCUCCCGUCUGCCAAUCGUGGACAUUGCUCCUAUGGACAUCGGAGGAGCGGAUCAGGAGUUCGGAGUGGAUGUAGGCCCAGUCUGCUUCUUGUAAAGUGGAAUAUCACAAUGGCCCCCCCCAAAAAAAACACAGGAAAUGAACAAACUCAACCAUGAAACAUUACACACACUUCCACAAUGAUGAAGACUGGAAAUCACCAAAAAAAAGAAAAAAGAAAAUUGAUACUUUUUCUCUCAAAACGAAGUGCUCUCCAAGUAGUACUACCUGGAUGUUAGCACUGAAGGGCACCGGCAAUAUCCGUACACCACACCAGCAUUCUCUGUCAACCUGCUUCCUGAGAUCCAGUCAUGUUUCCCAUGGCCCACUGUUGACGGGAAUGAGUCCGAGCCAGGAGGAAGAGGGACCAAGCAAACCAAGUUAUGGAGAACAGAAACAUGACUUGAUGUCACUUAUUUAUUGUCUAACCUGAGUGGGAAGAGUUGAGGUAGGACUGGACAGGUUUACUUUUGUAAGUAACAGAAGCCCCCAUUCCACUACAGAACAGCCGCACAACCUGUCCCAGUCCUGCGCCACCUCCCUCCCCAUUUCCCUCCCUGACAUAAAUACGGCAUUUUGAAUUAGUGUAGACCAAAAAUUGAAAAAACAAAACAUCAGUAAGUAAAAAUUAUACAGGUGCUCCGGGCCUGUCCAUCAUGAGCAGGAGCUAAAGCUUUACUGUGUAUUAUAAAUCCUUGGUUCUAUUGUUGUAAAAGUCUGUGUUUAUAAACAACCAGAUGGUUUUAUAUAUAUUUCCACAUUAUGUGUGUACAUGUGUCUAUAUGCACACCAACACUUUUUUGGAAAGUGAGGUAACAUUUGGGAUGUAUGUUUUCAUGUCCUUAACUGCCCAUCAGAACACGGUCCAGCUCUCAUCCGAAAAAGAUUAGCUCUGAAAAAUUUAGGGAAAAAUUCAUUUUGCGUUUUUCUUGUAGUCAUCCAGAUUGUUUAAAGCUACCUCACGGUGAAAAACAAAGUGAAAAAGUUGAGUCGAAAUCUGAGCUGACCAAAACAUUAGCUUUCAGAAGGAUCUGGAGCUGAACGGCCAACUCUGUUUUGGGUUGCUCUUUCCUCAGAAGGUGCUACGAGUCCCCGACCCUCUUGCCUACCAUCCUUGAUUCCCACUAGCCUCACACCACACACUCACACUCCACCCUGGAGGGGGGGGGGGGUGCAGCAGGGUGGGGACAGAGAAGACAGGGGGGCUCAUUAGAAGCCCCCUCUUGACCCCCAUAUCCCAACAUGGGACUCCGAGGACAGUCGCUCAGAGACGCCCAGGGUGGGUUGUGUCUGUGUGUGUGAGGGCAUGUACAUUGUUUUAAUUAAUUUUAUUAUGAUUUUUUUUUUCUAUUCGUUUGUUUUUAUUUUUGUCACACCUCUAAUUGAUGUAAAUUGGAAAUAAAAGGAAAGCCUAAUUCAGAAUGAAGCUGAUUUUUAAUUGAGUUUCGAAUAAAAUCAGAAACGGUGUGGGGACGUAUUUCUUCUUUCAACCGAACCAUUCAUGUGUGCUUAAAUGUUUUUUCUUUUUUUUUUUAAACUUGUAUUUCUUGAGGUCAGAUACUCUAGACUGUGUGAGUGUGAGAGCAUGUGUGUGAAAGUUUAAGACUGUGAGGCAAGUGUGUUUUCUUAUAAAACAAUCUCAUACCAUAAGGAACAAACGUACUGUAUUCAUUGUGAGGAUUCAGGGUGGGGCUGGGUGGAGUUGGCUCCUGUUUGUCUGAGCUAAUGGACAUAAAUAAAGAACAUACUGUUGACUGAAAUCAA